AUGGGGAGCAGGAUAAAAGUGCCCGGCUCCACGGGGUUGCUCAAUUCGCGGGCGAACAUUUCGAAUGAAAUAGAAUUACCGAUUGAUAUGCGCUUCAACGAAGGCCACAUUGUUAGUAUUGUCUUCUACAGCGUGUUAAUGAUAAUAUCUGCAAUCGGAAACACCACGAUAUUAGUAUUAAUUAUGCGGCGUAAACGUGUAUCCAAAUCGAGGAUACAUACGAUGCUAAUGCAUCUUGCGAUCGCUGAUCUACUUGUAACUUUCUUAAUGAUGCCACUCGAGAUUGGUUGGGCAGCCACCGUCUCUUGGAGAGCAGGAGACGCGAUGUGCCGGAUAAUGGCUUUUUUUAGGAUGUUCGGCCUGUAUUUAUCAUCUUUCAUUCUGGUAUGCAUAAGUAUGGACAGAUAUUACGCAAUAAUAAAGCCACUGCAAUUAUGGGACGUUGACAGAAGAGGAAAAAUUAUGCUAAGCUUCGCUUGGAUCGGCUCUGUUGUGUGUUCAAUGCCUCAGAUGCUGGUAUUUCACUUGGAAAUUCAUCCAAAUAUUACAUGGUAUUCACAGUGUGUCACUUUCAACACUUUCCCAACGUAUACACACGAAAUAACUUAUUCUCUCUUUGGUAUGAUCAUGAUGUACUGGUUCCCCCUUGUGGUAAUAAUAUACACCUACACGAACAUUCUACUGGAGAUAUGCAAAAGAUCGAAAAAAAGCGAAGAUGAUAAAAUACGUCGCUCUUCUGUCGGCUUUCUCACGCGAGCGAAAAUACGAACUUUGAAGAUGACCGUGAUCAUUGUUGCCGUGUUCUUCAUUUGCUGGACACCAUACUACGUUAUGAGUCUUUGGUAUUGGAUCGAUCGGAACUCUGCGUAUAAAGUCGAUCAACGAAUCCAGAAAGGACUCUUUCUAUUCGCAUGUACGAACUCCUGCAUGAAUCCUAUUGUUUAUGGUGCGUUCAAUAUUCGAGAUCGUAAUAAGACAUUUGUGAGGCCAACUACUAUAGAAACUCGAGUUACUCCAUUGUCAUUGUCACUUAAGCUUCUUGAUUAACGUUUGUCUUUCUAUAAGAGAUAUUAACUGUAAUUGUAAGCCCUUACAAUUAGCAUCAAACUUGACUGUGAUUGACCAUAUACUUCAAAGUUAUAUUUACUAUGAUUAAAUGCUAAAUAAUGAUAAUUUGAACGAGGAUAAAGUACGCUGUAAGAAUAGGUGCAAUAGGUGUGUACAGAAUCUGGUGCAAGAUAUCGCACCUGAGAAGUUCCAAAGUCUGUUCCCAAUUGCAACUCUAAGCACAUGUAUCUUAUGCGUAUAUUUAAAGUAAUAAUUAAAUUAUUAAAUUUCUCUGUA